GUGGACACGCCCUCUCUCUGUUCAAGGGAACACCGCUUCAUACAUACACUGUUGUUAGCGACGUAGCCUCUACGGUCAAUUUCGAUUUUUUUUUUUGACAUUUCCAUUCGCGACCACUUCUCCGAAAGUUCACUUUUCUUUUCUUUCCGGCCACGGCCCCGGUGAAUGCACGAGAAGCGGCUCGGUGUUCGGGCGCCGUACCGCCGGUGUUUUUCGAGUUGUUGCCGGUGGCAGUCCUGAGAGCCCCCUUUGAGUAUGUGUAUACAAUGAAGAGGCGCGUGGAGGACCAGGAACCAAUAUUUGCACCCCAGCAACAGCAAUCACGCCGUCCCCCAGUCCAAGGUAUUGCAGAGAGCUUCCAGCACCGGGCCCUCGCCCCGGCCCCAACCGUGAUAGAGGCAGCCGCAGACAACAUGCAGCCCUCCACCGGCAUCCAGUAUUCCCUCCCCCAGGGCUACCAGGUGCCUACAAUGCCCCAGAGCACAAGUGGACAUGGGCACAAUCCAGUGCCACAUGUUGGUCCCCAUGCGCACAGUCUGUCAGUGCAGUCGCAGGGUCCCGCUGUGGUCCAAGGGCACGUUCAUCCACCCGCACCCAUAACGUCCACUCAAGGACAGCAGCAGUUUCAGCGACUGAAGGUUGAAGAUGCCUUGUCCUACCUGGAUCAAGUGAAGCUGCAGUUUGGGAAUCAGCCACAAGUUUAUAAUGAUUUUCUUGAUAUUAUGAAAGAGUUCAAGUCACAGAGCAUAGACACACCUGGAGUCAUUAACCGCGUGUCCCAGCUCUUCAAGGGCCACCCAGACCUCAUUAUGGGUUUUAACACCUUCUUGCCCCCCGGAUAUAAGAUUGAGGUCCAAACCAACGAUCUAGUCAACGUGACCACGCCAGGUCAGAUCCACUAUAUCACCCCUCAUGGUAUUUCUGUUCAGAACAUCCCUAUAAGUGGAGCACCCAGCCAACCUGCAAGCCAUCACCAGCAACAGAGUCUGCCACAGGCUGGCCCACAGACUAACACCACCACCACCACCACCACCACCCCGCCCGUCCCCACCCAACCUGCUCCAAACAAAACCAGCAAGCCAAUUCAGUCUCCAGCCCACACACCCACCAGCCAGCCCAAUCCAUCCAUCCCCUCCUACGCCUCACCGCGCUCACCGUCGGCCCAGUCCCACACUCCCGUGAGCAGCACGCCGUCCGGUGGGCCACCUCUCCAGAACAACCAGCCUGUUGAGUUCAACCAUGCUAUAAACUAUGUCAACAAGAUCAAGAACCGCUUCCAGGGUCAGCCGGACAUCUACAAAGCCUUCUUGGAAAUCCUGCACACCUACCAGAAGGAACAAAGAAAUGCUAAAGAGGCAGCAGGUAACUACACACCAGCACUGACCGAGCAGGAGGUCUACACCCAGGUGGCAAGGCUCUUCAAGAACCAGGAGGACCUGCUCUCAGAGUUUGGACAGUUCCUGCCUGAUGCCAACAGCUCACUGCUGCUGUGCAAGACCGCCCCAGACAGGGCAGAGUCGGUGCGCAAUGAUCAUGGCGGGACAGUGAAGAGACCCUUAUUAAACAACAAGCAAAGGCUGAGCCAGAACGGCCUGCCUAUCAGAAGACCACCCGGCGUGGGAGCCACACCGCCUGUCAAGAAGAAACCCAAAAUAAUGGGGAAGGACCACAGCAUGACUGAAGUCAGCAAACACAGCACCAGCACUGAAACUAUGUUCUUUGAGAAGGUGAAGAAGGCUCUUCAGAGCUCUGAGGCGUAUGACAACUUCCUGCGGUGUCUGCACAUCUUCAAUCAGGAAGUCAUUUCACGCGCUGAGCUGGUCCAGUUGGUCAUCCCCUUUCUUGGAAAAUUCCCAGAGCUUUUCACUUGGUUCAAAAACUUCCUUGGCUACCGAGAGUCUAGCCACGGGGAGCCAAGCCACGCGGAGAGUUUACCCAAGGAGCGUGCGACAGAGGGCAUCGCCAUGGAGAUUGACUACGCUUCUUGCAAGAGGCUGGGGUCCAGUUAUAGAGCACUGCCGAAGAGCUACCAGCAACCGAAGUGCACAGGAAGGACACCUCUGUGCCGAGAGGUUCUGAAUGACACGUGGGUGUCGUUUCCAUCGUGGUCCGAGGAUUCUACAUUUGUGAGCUCCAAGAAGACUCAAUACGAGGAGCACAUUUACAGAUGUGAAGAUGAGCGCUUUGAGCUGGAUGUGGUGUUGGAGUCCAACCUUGCCACGAUACGAGCCCUGGAGGCAGUGCAGCGGAAGCUUUCGCGGAUGUCUGCCGAGGAGCAGCUGCGCUUCAAGCUGGACAACACAAUGGGGGGCGCCUCAGAGGUCAUCCACCGUAAAGCUAUCCAGAGGAUAUAUGGGGACAAGGCCCAUGACAUCAUCGACGGCCUCAAGAGGAACCCAGCUGUGUCUGUCCCCAUUGUGCUGAAAAGGUUAAAGAUGAAGGACGAGGAGUGGAGAGAAGCACAGAGAGGCUUCAACAAAAUCUGGCGGGAGCAGAAUGAAAAGUAUUACCUGAAGUCACUUGACCAUCAAGGCAUCAACUUCAAGCAGAAUGACACCAAAGUGCUGCGCUCAAAGACCUUGCUCAAUGAAAUUGAGUUGCUGUAUGAUGAUCGCCAGGAGCGAGCGGCCGAGGAAAACGCCACGCUGCCGCCCAGUGGCCCGCACAUUACCCUGACCUACGACGACAGCCAGAUCCUGGAAGACGCUGCUGCCCUCAUCAUCCACCACGUCAAAAGACAGGUGGGCAUCCAGAAAGAGGACAAGUACAAGAUCAAACAGAUCAUCCACCACUUCAUCCCCGACCUGCUGUUUGCGCGGCGAGGCGAGCUCUCUGACGUGGAGGAGGAGGAGGACGAGGAGGAGGAGGAAGACACGGAGAUGGACCAGGACAGCCCCAAGAAGCACAACGGUUUGCCCGGCGGCAGCCCGUCCAAGUCGAAGCUCCUCUUCGGCAGCAUGACCGCUCAGAAGCUACGGGGCUCAGACGAUGCCUAUAACCUGUUCUUCGUGAACAACUACUGGUACAUCUUCCUUCGUCUCCACCACAUCCUCUGCUCACGUAUGCUGAGGAUCUACGGGCAAGCCGAGAAGCAGAUUGAGGAGGACGCCCGUGAGCGUGAGUGGGAAAGGGAGGUGUUGGGGCUCAAGAGAGACAAGAAUGAAAAUCCAGCGAUACAACUGAAGAUGAAGGAGCCGAUGGAUGUCGAAGUGGAGGACUACUACUCUGUGUUUCUGGAAAUGGUGCGCAACCUUUUGGACGGAAACAUGGAGCCAGCUCAGUACGAGGACUCCCUGAGGGAAAUGUUCACCAUCCAUGCCUACAUUGCCUUCACCAUGGAUAAACUCAUCCAGAGCAUCGUCCGUCAGCUCCAGCACCUCGUCACCGACGACGUGUGUUCACGAGUGACGGACGUGUACCUGAGCGAAUGUGCCAACAAGGCGACGGGGGGCACACUAUCCACGCAGACGUCCAGGGCCACGGCAGAGGGCGUCUACCAGCGCAAGGCAGAGCAGCUUAUGUCGGAUGAGAACUGCUUCAAGUUGGUGUUUGGAAAGAGCCGAGGAUCUGUCAGCCUGGCCAUGGAGCUGCUGGACACGGAGGAGGAGAACUCCGAUGAGCCAGCAGAUGCCGAGAGGUGGUCCGACUACGUGAGCAGAUACCUGAACUCAGAUUCCGCGUCCCCAGAGCUGCGUGAACAUCUGGCCCAGAAGCCGGUGUUCCUCCCCAGGAAUUUGAGACGGAUAAGGAAGUGCCAGAGAGGAUGGGAGCAACUGCAGCAGGAGCGGAUGACCCGGGCCCCCUCGGACACGUCGCAGGACGGCGACGGUGAGCUGAAGAUGGAGUGCAUGUUCAAGCUCAACUCCUACAAGAUGGUGUACGUGUGCAAGUCCGAGGACUACAUGUACAGGCACACGGCGCUCACACGGGCACAUCAGUCCCACGAGCGGGUGAACAACCGCCUGCACCGACGCUUCCACCGCUGGCUGGACACCUGGGCCAAAGAGCACGUGACGGGCGACAUGGCCGCCGACAGCCGCAGGUGGCUGAUGGGAGACCGACGAGAGGACAUGUUGCCCUGCACCACCACGUGCAGCCCGGAGGUCCUCAAUUACCUCAACGUGAACAAGUACCGGGUGAAGUACAGAACUCUGUAGUCUCUCAGGUCCGAGGACGAACUGUGGCGGUGACCCGUCGUCACAACGACAAAAACUUCGAGAGAUGAAUUAUAUAUUAAAACAGCAGCUUCGUGCGCAGCUCUCCAACCUGCCGUUACUGGAUUCAGUUGCCAAAAACUUUCACAUGGGAUGUAAAUAUUCCACUUUCGGUUUUUUACAAAUGUGUAGGAGCCGUUUCAUGAACGUUGUCUUUCACUUCCAAGCUUUCACCACAAAUUCUGCCAUUUAUGUGAAAUAGAUGCUUUCCGCAGGUUUUUUGCUGCCACUAUAUAUUAAAUAGAGAUAUUUACAUGAGAUGAAUUUAAGAAGAGUGACUCAAAAGUUUCAACAACAAGAAGCUACGCAAGGAAAAACUCAUUUUCAACCUAACAGUGAAUUAAAGGGGCAGUACGCGAUUUUGGAGAAAGCUCGCCUCUCUUCGUUGUUGUUGUUGUUGUUGAUGACGCCGCGACCUCGGGAACAUGAGACAGACGCGCUGACCACGAGGCUAAAACCCUUGUGUCCUUUUGUCUGUCACUGGCACGUCUCAAGGUGUCCGGUGCACGCACAGAACCGACUGCUACCGAUUUUUACAAAACCUGUAUUGGGUUUAAAUCGCUUACUGCCCCUCAAAGUGUUUUUUUUGUCAUCAUUUUACAAAUCAAAACAAAUCACCUCAGCGUUUUUCUUUACGUAGCGCGAAGAGGUCGCCGUUACCUCGGUCACAAUCUUCGCUCUCGGAGCUCUUCGUCCUGCCUUCCGGCUGUAAACUUGUACAUGAUGAAUGUUUUUCCUUUUUUUUUUUCGCCGAUGAAGGUGUAGCUGGCAAACUGCAGGUGCUCGGAAUCAGUGCAAUGCCAGCAGUGAGUAUCAAGCGUAAUAAUUUAUGGCCGCCCAAAUAUUUUUGUGUAAAUACGUUGUUAAUAUCUAGAAUUUUUUGUUUGUUUGUUUAAAAAAAACAAAAAAAAAUCAAACAUUUCUGCGUAGCGUCAAUUAACACGCGCUUAGUGUGAAACUUUCCUUCGAGGUUUCAGAGGAGUUUAUCAAGAAAAUGUUACAUUUUAUCUGUUUGUUUUUUUUACCAAAGGAUGUUAAUUAGAGACGACACUUUGUGGCGCGUCCAACGUUUUGUCCCUCAAGUCCUGGAUUAGUCGUGAAAUCGCCCGUUUUAUACGCUCCGAGCCCUUUUCCCAGCGUCACGUGAGGUUUUAAGGUGAUUGAAUGUAGCCGAGCAGCAACUUCUCCUUUUAGAAAAGUCCAGCGUUUUGUCCAAUGUUCAGAGUAAUGAAGUCCUAACAGUGCUAUCAACUGUUUCUUGUAUUUCAAAUUUUUUUGUGUGCAAACGUCACAGUCUGACCGGGCGACAACAUGGGUUCAUAACAACCCACACGUGCGCUGUGUUUCUUCUUUUUAUGAUGUACAGUAGGUUGAUAGGUCAUCCAUGUGACUUGUGUACAGUAAAAAAAAACAACAAGCGAGCAAUAAUUCCUCCGGUUGCAGAUUUAUUUUAAGCCGAAAACAAAUAUCUGCUGAAAUACAGAUGUGAAUGUUGUAUUCCCUUUGAAAGGAGGGAUGUAAACUGAGGGUUUCUAUUUAUUGAAUUUUUCCUCUUUUAAUAAAAACUGGAAAUGGCCGCUGCAGAUGUCGUGGUUAAAGGUUGAGAUGGGAAGAUAGUCCAUCGCGCUGAUGUGUGUCUCACAUUGGAAAUCAAAUCAUAAGCAACAGGCUUUUAUCUCACAUGAGGAAAUCAGUCUGAUCCUUCUGAUGUUUUGACAAAGGGCCGGAUUGAAACGUGUGACUAGUUCAAUAUUUGGCAACACUCCUCAGAUAGAAAAUGGGAAAAAAAAAAAAGAAUUUCACCUGAACUCUCAAUUUGUCAGGAACAUAACCGGCUGUAGACAAUCCUGCAACACUUUAUUACUCUGGUUUUUAUUUCUUUUUAUAACUGUGCUGUGUGUUUUUUUGUCAUGGAAUACCAUAGGAAGUGGCGUGGGGAGCUGAUUGUACAUAAAAGACAUCGUCUGUACCUCGUCCAAUGUUUCUCUUCUCCCGCUAUUAUGAUGUUGUACGUUGUACAUGAGUGUUAGUACGGUGUUUUGCAUUAAAAAAAACUGUCCUUUGAAUAGA